AUGUCGUUCCUAACCUUAGGUGCUCUAGUCGAUGUUCAGAGCCAGCCUCCGAUCACAAGCCCUGCACCGGUUCUGCGCAAGGAUCAGCAAGGGAUUACCCAUGCCCCCUCAAACCAUGAGCUCGAUGAUCUCCAGCAAGGACGCAGCCAGCCGACUGAUGAUAUCUCCCCUCACCCAGUUCCUGAUAUGCAGAUGCCUGUGACGCCCGGCGAAAUAGAGGAUCUUCCCACUUCGCUUGGGGAAGAAGCCAUGGACUCAAUUCCUGCUUUGUAUAGUCCACCACAAACUAAAUGGCGGCUGUUGAGUGCUUGCUUCAUGAACUUUGCCAAUGGCCUGAAUGACAGCGCCCCGGGAGCCCUAAUCCCUUACAUGGAAGCGGACUACGAUAUUGGUUAUGCUAUCGUGUCGCUGAUUUUCGUGACAAAUGCGCUGGGUUUUAUUCUUGCUGCACCGUUGACUCAUGCCCUGGAAAUGAGACUUGGCCGUUCAAAGACUUAUUCAUUUUCUAUGAGUCUGUUGGCGGCUGGCUAUGUGAUCAUCAUUUGCAAGCCGCCGUUCCCUGGAGUCGUGGCCAGUUUCUUCCUCUUGGGCUUGGGCAUAGCCAUCAACCUGGCCCUAAACAACGUCUUUUGCGCGAAUCUUGUGAAUAGCACUGCAGCGUUAGGGGGCCUUGGUGGUGCCUACGGAAUUGGCGGGACUAUAGGACCGCUUGUAGCGACUGCUUUGGCAUCCCAUGGCAUCCGAUGGUCAUACCUCUACAGCAUAAAUCUGGCCAUGUCGCUAGUCAACCUGGCGUUUGCCGCUUGGUCAUUCCGGAAAUAUGAGAAGGAUUUUCCUGUACAGUCGCUUGCUCUCCACCGCACCGCUUCUCGCCAGACGCAUGGCCCAAACCCAUCAGGCAGAACACACCUUAAGCAAGCCUUGAAAGAUCGAUCCACUCUACUCGGUGCCCUGUUUAUCUUCGCAUACCAAGGAGCGGAAGUGUCAAUCUCCGGCUGGGUUGUAUCAUUUCUGACCAGUUAUCGGCGCGGAGAUCCCUCGCGUGUUGGUUAUGUCAGUGCAGGGUUUUGGGCUGGCAUUACCGUUGGACGGUUCCUACUUUCCCAUCCAGCCCACCUUAUCGGCGAGAAACUUUCAGUCGUUUUACUGGUGCUCGGGUCAAUGGCCUUUCAACUCAUGACCUGGCUCAUUCCAAAUAUCAUCGGGGAUGCCGUGGCUGUCGCCAUAGUGGGUCUGCUGUUGGGACCUGUGUAUCCUUGCGCCACCGCAGUGUUCAGCAAGCUCCUGCCGCGCUCAAUGCAGACGUCCAGUAUGAGCAUUAUCAGUGCAAUGGGAAGCAGUGGGGGCGCUGUGUCGCCAUUCUUCACUGGCUUGCUGGCACAAAAUGUGGGGACAUAUGUUUUACAUCCGAUAUGCAUCGGAUUGUACGGUGUGAUGCUUGUAGGGUGGCUGUCUCUUCCCCAUAUCUCGAAGAGAUCUGAAUAG